AUGUCGCGCUCCUAUUCUGCCCUCCAGCCGAACGCACGCGAUUCAUUGGAACUUGCCAGUCUCGCCUCGAGUACUGCUGGCCCUCGAACAUCCUCAUCCUCCUCUCGUUCGGGCAUAUCCUCAUCUCGAAAACUCUCCCUCGAAGAAGACCCCCUCGACGCACAAAAUCCCGCCGCAAAUGGCCGUCCAGGAACCCACGCUCGUACCUUCUCAGUCUCAUCUGUCUUUGACUUCUCGUCGAACCAUCUGUUCCCCUUAUCCGCGUCUGUCGGCAAUGGCUACGCCCCAAUCGGCACACCAACCUCUGCUACACACCCGCAAUCAGCGAUCGGAGGAGGAUCACUCGAGAAACACAAAACGUUAACGUAUCUCAAUGGCCUGUCGUUAAUUGUUGGCUUGAUCAUUGGGUCUGGCAUCUUCUCAUCUCCGAGCCAGGUAAAUUCCAACGCUGGAUCUGCAGGGGCGUCUUUAAUCGUCUGGGCAAUAGCUGGUAUAUUGGCCUGGACUGGGGCGUCGAGUUAUGCGGAGUUAGGUGGGGCAAUCCCGUUGAAUGGGGGCGCCCAGGUCUACUUAUCAAAGAUAUUUGGGGAGCUGUUUGGAUUCCUGUUUACGUGGUGUGCUGUUGUCGUCUUGAAACCCGGAUCGACCGCCAUCAUCGCCAUCAUCAUGGGGGAGUACUUUGUGCGGGCGUUUAUUGGCGCCGAGGCGGAAAAUGUGAAUCCGUGGAUCAAUAAGAGCGUCGCGCUGGUUGGUUUGAUUCUGGUCACAUUUCUGAAUUGUAUAUCCACAAGGCUAGGCACCAAGAUGGGUGACAUGUUUAUGUUCCUCAAAUUUAUUGCAUUGCUUGGAGUCACGGUCAUCGGCAUCGUUGUAGCGAUCACUGGGGUUUCUUUCUCUGGAGAGGCGAAUCAAGAUUGGAAAACUAUCGGGUGGUUUGAGGGCACGAGUACCAGCGCUUCGUCUUGGGCAGUUGCGUUGUACGCUGGGUUAUGGGCAUUUGAUGGAUGGGAUAAUACAAAUUACGUUGUAGGAGAGUUCCGGAACCAUGCUCGAGAUCUACCACGAGUCAUACAUACCGCGAUGCCGCUCGUCAUCCUUUCCUAUAUUCUCGCAAACGUGGCAUAUUUCUUCGUCCUACCUCUCAAGACUAUCAAUUCGUCCAACACAGUUGCAGUUAUGUUUGGAAGCAAGGUCUUUGGUCCUGCCGGGUCGUUAGUAUUAGCACUAGUCGUGAGCGCGAGCUGCUUUGGAGCACUCAAUGCGACAACGUUCACCAGUGGCCGGUUGGUCUAUGCUGCCGGCAAAGAAGGGUACCUCCCUGCGGUCUUUGGGAUGAUUGGUGUAGGGAAUAACGAUGCAGCUUCCACCCGCCUACGGACGCGGAACUGGGCCUCCAAACGAAUGGCUCGGAUGUUUGGGGAUGAAGAUACGGGCCUCUUUUUCACGCCCAUCUACGCCAUGGUCCUCAAUGCGAGCCUAACAACGGCUUAUAUAUGCGUCGGCGAAUUUGGCACUCUUGUUACGUUCUACGGAGUUGCUGGAUACACAUUUUAUUUCAUGACUGUCCUUGGGCUCAUCGUGCUUCGAGUUCGAGAGCCGAAUCUUGAGAGGCCAUAUAAAACGUGGAUUACCACACCUAUUAUAUUCUGCUGCGUCAGUUUAUUCUUACUCAGCAGAGCAGUGUUUGCGGAACCUUUGCAGACAGUUAUCGUCGUUGCAUUUGUGGUGGCCGGUAUACCCAUAUAUUACUGGAGGAUCCGAGGGAGAGAUCAUGUCACGAAGAGGGAGAUGAGUAGUAGACACGGCUGGAAAUUUUGGAGACGGUUUUAG